AUGACGAGUAGAGAGGUUGUACCGGUUUCACUGAGGUUCUUCCGACCGCGUAUGAUUGAUUACCCCGGAGAGUAUGAAGGUGAGAUAUACUCGUGUCCUCAUUGUCUCAAAUGCUAUGCGACCGAAAUGGCAAGAGCUCAUCAUAUAAUUCAAGAUCACUGUGUAGGCUUGAACUGUUUUGGUUGCGCAGAGCACCCCAACAAGCGAUUUGUUUGUUGCUAUUGUAAGGCAAAAUGGCAGAAAGUGAAAAAAAUGAAUUUGAAUCAUUGGCAAAGAGUGCGCCAUCACAUCUAUGGAGAGUUAGUAUUUGAGAAAGUGGCAGAAUAUAGACAAAAGGAUCAGGACGUUGUAACGCCGCUCAUGCAAUCAAACGAAGAUAAGCCAGAACAGACAAAUCCUUUAAAAAUCGAGGACAUAGAGUAUUGCAUAGAAGAAAGUGUGCAAGCAAUUUUCGGAUAA